CUGGCGCCGGGAGGCUGUUUUUCCAUUCGCUGGCGAGAAAGUUCCAUGCCACUGUUUCUUUCUCUCUUUUUUCUGGAGUUAAAUUUGUCCGCAGAUGCCUGCACUUCAUCUAUAGACGCCUGGAGUUAAGUUUGUAACCGGGGCCCAAAGCCCUGUUGCUUUCAAACGCAAAAGCAGAGACGCCAGUGACCCCCCCGCUGUGAGGCCACUUUGCAUUGCAGCCCUGAGUCUGUCCAGGGUCUGCCGUGUCCACGCUGCUGUCGAGAGGCCAGCCCAGGAAGCCAAGGCCACGGGUGCCUGCAGCCAGCCCCAGGAAGCACCAGUUCAGCCACUGUAGGUGAUACAAUGGCAUAGUCUUGCUCUGCCGUCCGAAGCCCUCCUGCCUGCGCUCCUUCCCAGUCUCCCCAGAAGCCACCCAUCCCACCAUCAUCUUCUGCACAUCUCUUAAGCCCUCCAUCCCUAGCUCACUUGUCACCAUGGCGGCCUUGAUCGCAGAGAACUUCCGCUUCCUGUCUCUCUUCUUCAAGAGCAAGGAUGUGAUGAUUUUCAAUGGCUUGGUGGCCCUGGGCACGGUGGGCAGUCAGGAGCUGUUCUCUGUGGUGGCCUUCCACUGUCCCUGCUCACCUGCCCGGAACUACCUGUACGGGCUGACAGCCAUCGGCGUACCUGCACUGGCGCUCUUCCUGAUUGGAGUCAUCCUCAACAACCACACUUGGAACCUAGUUGCUGAGUGCCAGUAUCGGAGGGCCAAGAACUGCUCAGCGGCCCCCAACUUCCUCCUCCUGAGCUCCAUCCUGGGCCGUGCAGCUGUGGCUCCUGUCACCUGGUCUGUCAUCUCCCUGCUCCGAGGGGAGGCCUACGUCUGUGCUCUCAGUGAGUUUGUGGACCCGUCCUCGCUCACGGCUGGGGAUGAAGGCUUCCCCUCAGCUCAUGCCUCGGAGAUCCUAGCCAGGUUCCCUUGUGGAGAGGGGCCUGCCAACCUGUCAGGCUUCCGGGAAGAGGUCAGCCGUAGGCUCAAGUAUGAGUCCCAGCUCUUUGGAUGGCUGCUCAUCGGCGUGGUGGCCAUCCUGGUGUUCCUGACCAAGUGCCUCAAGCACUACUGCUCCCCGCUCAGCUACCGCCAGGAGGCCUACUGGGCGCAGUACCGCACCAAUGAGGACCAGCUGUUCCAGCGCACAGUGGAGGUACACUCAAGGGUGCUGGCCGCCAACAACGUGCGCCGUUUCUUUGGCUUUGUGGCCCUCAACAAGGAUGAUGAAGAGCUGGUUGCCAAGUUCCCAGUGGAAGGCACACAGCCACGACCACAGUGGAACGCUAUCACUGGGGUAUACUUGUACCGUGAGAACCAGGGCCUCCCACUCUAUAGUCGCUUACACAAGUGGGCCCAGGGCCUGACAGGUAACGGCACAGCUCCUGACAACGUGGAGAUGGCCCUGCUCACCGCCUAGGGCCUGCUUCUUUGCUCUUCGGCACUACUUAAGUCCCAACCAAACCCGCAUGGCAUGCUCACCUCAGCAUCAGAUUUUCCUGUUAACUACAGUGUCCUGGGCAUAGACCAAGGGGGCAUAAAACAACUAGUAGUUUGCAAGGAUCUUGUGGACCACAUGGUCCAGAGACUGGGGGUGAGGGUUUGACUUCUCAGACCUGCUGAAAUCAUCUCCCAUGGCCACCAACGCCCAAGUCACAACUAUAGACUUUCCCAGAGCUGGUCCUUAACUAUGACAUGGGCCAUCUUUGGUGGGCCUGCAAGCUGAGAAGCCUCAGCUGGUGGGGCCUGGUGCCAGUACAACCCACUGGGGACUCGCUGUUGUAUAGUACACUUUGUGCAGUUAACUUCUGUCUAAUUGCAUAGGGACGCCCAGCUCCUUGGUGUACAGCUAAGGAAGCUGCCUUCAUUGUAUACCUCUGGCCUAAUUUUAUAUAUUUAAACUUUUUG